UGACUAGAUUUUCCGAUUCUUGGGGGUAUAAAAGUUGCCCACGUUUCUGAACUCGCCAUGAAUGAGUGUAGGCACGGCAGAGGGAACACCUUCAGUGUAGGGAAGCACGAAUAUUACUACUACCUCCGAAAACUCUUAUGCAACUAUGGCCAAGUCCACAUUCCAUUUCCGAGCGGACAACAGCACACAGCUCGUUGCGUUCGCCUUGCUGCUACUGCUAACAACAAUGGCCGGGGUAGGAGACUCCAGCCCGAUUCCAGCCACCACAACAAGAUCGGCGACCACGGAAAGAAGAACGGCCUGCGAACAACUAGACGAAAAUGUCCGCAUCGUUCACAGACUGUUUCUUACGACGGAAAAAUUCUUUAAACACUUCAACGAGCUCAGGUUCGGAAAUCCAGAAUAUUCCAACCGCGACCUGACGCUCCGAGGUCUUCCUGAACUCAGCACGUCCUACACAGACUGGGAAAGUCUAACGAGUGAAGUCCGUCUGAUGACGAUGCGGCACAACCUGCACCAGCUGUACCCGUUCCUGGACGUGCUGGAGGUGGAUGAGGGGGAGGCCGUGGUGAGAGAGGCGGGAAGGCUGGAGGAGAAACUGUCCCGCCAACUGCAGAACGUUCUGUCCCACACGAGAAGUCUCAUGCGAGCCAUUAGUACCACGAACACAACCUGGUCCUUUGUGGCAUGUCAGUUGUGUGAAAACGAAACAGACUCAGAGUCAGAGUCAGAGAACACAACCUGGUCCUUUGUGGCAUGUCAGUUGUGUGAAAACGAAACAGAGUCAGAGUCAGAGUCAGAGAACACAACCUGGUCCUUUGUGGCAUGUCAGUUGUGUGAAAACGAAACAGACUCAGAGUCAGAGUCAGAGAUGCACUUGAUGAAUAUUGAGAACGAUGAAACGGACAACGCGACGCCAGCGCCCGUCCACCUGUCCGAAACGCCGUCCGAGUACGACCGGAGCCUCCGAGACCACAUAAUUAUCCGGGACUUCGUGGACUUUCUGAGGAGAGUCCAGCGGGACUUCAUGAAGCUGCGGUACAACAACGGCUGCCGCAGGACGACGCGCAGCCCCACCCACACCGGCAGGAGGUCGUGACGUCGCCAACUCGUGAGCACAGCUUCGCGUUUCUGAUGACGUCGUCAGAUCGAACUUGCCAAGGAAGAAGAAGAAGAAACAGACCAUUUUUUGAUUGAAUUGAACCCCGUGCCAAUGUGAAAAAAAACUUAAAGAGAAAGAAACUGUAGAGUAUUUUUUCCAAGCGGGUAGUAUAAGCAGUAAUUUCAUUCGCAGGUAAUAACUUUUAUUAGUCUGUUCCAAGCCGCAUCAUCUGUGACGUAAUCCAAGAUGGCGGCCAUCACCACCUGCUUCUCUCUCACGCGACAUUGUGUUUGAACUUUGACCCCUGGUUGCCGGGCAACCGUUCCUUAUAUCUAUAUGACCAGUUUCCAAGAGCGAUCGGUAGUGUACUGUAUUUUGAUACUGUUAAAUUAAGGGUUUCAUACGGAGUUUUGUAUAUUUUUUAUACUUCUCAUGAAAUAUGCGAAGUUUGUUGCAUAGUGAUUCCGACACACGCUGUUUUUAAAUGCUGCUAGUUAGGUCCUGAUGUGUAUGUGCGUGUGCAAUAUAUUUAUGUCGGCAUGACAUAGUAUUUAUUGUGUAUCAUAAAACACAUUUAGCUAUAGCAAAAUCUUAUAUGGAAAACACAAUGUAUCCUGGGUGCUACCAACGUAUUGUGCCAGAGAAUAUUAAGAAAAUAUCAAUAUUUAAACGAAGAUAGAUAUCUAUAAAAUUUCUUAACUAUACACUAGAUGAAUUGUACAUAAGAUAGCGGUUUUGUGGUAGGUUUACGGUUAAGCUUAUUUAUUUUGUGUGUGUUUUUUAAUUUAUUUUAUCCAUAAGGUUAUACCGUACUUUUCAUUCAGUUAUACUUCUGAUAUUUAAUUUAUCACGCGAUUUUGAUCGCAAGUUUGUCUUUUUUCAAUGCUAUUUAUUACUGUUAUUUAUCAGAUUCCCCUUACUUAUUUAUACCAAAGAAUUUGAAAACCAAAGUAUCGUUAAAAUGUGUGUAAUUCUCCAGAGUUGAAUGAAUAAAGAGUUUUUUUACAAGGACUUAGACGUUUCC